AUAGGAAAUCAGGGACUCAGUCCCUGUCGCUGGCCCCACUUCAGUGGUCAUGACCACCAUCACUCCUUUCAGCGCCUCUGCUAAUGCCAACACUGGAGCUGCUACCUUCACUCCUAGCACUGUCACUGCCAGCCAGCAUGGAGGAGCACUGCCCCAGCAGUCCCUCUCUGAUGGAGCUGCUGCCUUCACUCCUGGCACUGGCACUGGCACUGUCACUGCCAGCCAGCAUGGGGGGGUGCUUCCCCAGCAGUCCCACUCUGAUGGAGCUCUGAUGGUGCGCAGCAAACCCCUGUCUCGUGUGGCCAGCGGGGCAGAGCGUUACCCAGAGACAGUGGAGGCCCUGAGGAAUGUGGGCAGGCUCAGGGAGAGACACAACACCCUGGAGACCAGAGUAGAGCUGCUGGAAGCAGGCAAGGCCGACCAGGCCCAGCUCCAGCACCUCCGGGAGCUCCUCACUGACAUGGGUGACAGGGAUGUGCCCGAAAACCUGAUUGAUCAACUGAAUCAUCUGAGAGUUCUGGUAGACAGCCUGGUGGGUGACAGAGCCAAGAGCUCGGAGCUGAUGAAUGACGUUCAGGGAGCCAUCCUGCAGCUGCAGGCUGAGUGUGAGAAGCUCCACGGCACAGCCAACCACCUGAUUGAGGAGCAGAGCCAGAAACAGGUCCACAUCGACCAUCUGUACAAGUCCAUGGAAGAACUGGAUGAGAAGAAAGCUGACAAAGAUCUUGUGGAGAUGGAGAUUGAAAUCAAAGCAGACAAGCGUGCCCUGGAGACCAAGGUGAGCCGCAUGCAGUUUGAUUCCAUGACAGAGGAGCUCAACACCAUGUUCCAGGAGCUGCUCAGCAAGAUCACCGGCCAGGAGCAGGACUGGCACAAAAUCAUUGACAAAAUCUCCACCGAGAUGGAGUGCAAGCUGGACCGGAUUGAGCUGGAUCCUGUGAAGAAGCAGCUAGAGGACCGCUGGAAGAGCAUCCAUAAGCAGCUGCAGGCCCAGCCUGCCCCGAAGGAGGAUGACGCUGCAGGCAUCAGGAGACAACUUGUGGCAAGGUUCCACUGCAUCUCCUGCGACCGCCCGGUCGAUAUGCUUACCCCAGGACCGCACUUGGUCACCGUGCCCUCCACUCCUGGCCUACCCUCCCACAAGUCCAACCGACCGUACACCAUCUAUGAGCUUGAGCAGGUUCGCCAGCACUGCAGAAGCGAGCGCAUCCCUGAGAUGGCGGACUAUAGUUACCUGGCCAUGUCCCGGAGCUGUGGAGGCAGCCACACCGUGACCUACCCCAACCGCCGCUACACCCGCCUGCAGCACAUCAGCCACUUCAUCCAGGCUGAGGAGGAGACACCGCCCAUCUCCAGAUCCACACUGCGCAUUCAGCCGGAGGAGGUGGACAUCCUGGGAUUGGACGGACACAUCUACAAGGGCCGCCUGAAAACCAGAUCGGUCAAGACUGUGGAUGCCAGACUACCCACCAUCUUUCCUAAAGACGGCAUGUGCAAGACCAAAGACAAGGUCAUGCGCUCCCAGUUCCAGAAGUCUGGUUGCACAGAGUCGGGCUGUGUGACCCCUGUGCGUCCCCAGAGUGCCAAGACCCAGCGCAGCCACUCAGCCUCAGGCAGCUCUGUGCGGGACCGGCCCAUGUCCUCUUUGGGCUGCCUGUCCCAGGCUACCCUUCCCCAGAGCUCGUCCCAUGCUGACACCACCAGCGAGCUGCAGCAGGAGCAGCAUGGUCUGGAGCUUCACGUAGACCUGAGCCAGUCGGAGGAAGAGCCCGUCACCACCCUGUAGGGGGCGAUGGAGAGCCCCUUACAUCCUUUUUCUACCUUAUUUUAAUAAACAUUUUACAGCAGCAGCAGGAGGGUAUCCUGGUCUCCAUUUUGUAAUGGAGCAUACAGACCUUGUGAAAAUCCAGUCUGAUAUUAGUCUGUUAGGUUAUUUAUGGAUUGGAAGAACACAAUUCUGGGACAUAUGAACACUGUUUCCAUGCAACAAAAUAGCUAUGAGUAUUCUGCAAGAAUAAAAACAUUUCUAAAGUGUAGCUUUACAGGUCAGAUACCUUAGGUGUGGCUACAUUACGAUUUUGGUUUAUGAUGCCUGAUUUUCAAUGACAUUCAUAGAGAAACUUUCAGACCGGUGACCUCAAAUACCAGACUUUGUUUGGAUGCAGAAGAAUACCGCCAUGGAGCAAUUCAUUUGACAUAUAGGGUCUUAUAGAGCGGUAUCAUUAAGGGCUUGAAAUGUCUUCCCUCUCACAGACCCAAUUUCUGUAACAUUUAACUCAUUGUAUUAGUGUCUCAAGUUGUUCCAUCACAUGUUAAGAGGAAAGACUUUCAUGUGUGCUGUCAUUACCACAAAAAUGUAAUGCUGUCGUGGAGUUAUAACAAUGGUAGCCAGCCACCUGCAUCUAUUGGGGAAGCAAAGCAGCCAGGGUCGUAAAACCGGCCCAGAUGGCAUUCCCUUCAAAUGUCACCAUGCCUAUGUCCAGUUACAGGAGUCUCCUGGUGUCUGUGUGUUUUAAAUAAGGGGGUUAGCUAUGUGUGCCUCACUCUGUGGCAUAGCGUAGUAUUUUUAACCAUGGCACAGCAUUGGGUAUCAUAGCAUACUUUUAGCGUAGCGCCAUGUCAGCACUCUACUGCAGUUGUCUGGGCCGGGGCGUUGCAUGGGGGGAGGUGCACAUUUCAAAAAGCCUGUGUGAAUGCAGGGCAGGAUAUGAAUUAAUAAACUUGAAAGGACAAACUGUACUGUCAAAGUGGAGCGGGGUGACAGUUUCCUAGAAGCAGGGGCUCUGCUUACACAAAUGAGACAAUUUAGUGUCAAUGAGAAAUAUGAUGUAUAUUUAUCUCUAUCCAUGCAAUAUAUACUCAGUUUAUUAGGUACACCCAUCUUGUACCAGGUCAGACCCCCCUUUGCCUUCAGAACAGCCUGAAUUCAUCUUGCAUGGAAACGUUGCUCAAUUGGUAUCAAGGGACCUAACUUUGCCAGGAACACACCAUUACAUCACCACCACCAGCCUGUACCAUUGACAGUAGGCAGGAUGGGGCCAUGGACUCAUGCUGCUUAAGCCAAAUCCUGCCUCUGCCAUCAGCAUGAUGCAACAGGAACCGGGAUUCGUCGGACCAGGCAACGUUUUUCCACUUCUCAAUUGUCCAGUCUUGGUGAUCGCGUG